CUCCGCCCCUCCUCCGCUUCCGGGCGUGCACGGCGUCCCGCGUCCUCGGGGCCUACGCGCCGCGCGCUCCGACAGGGGCGAAGUCCGACCCGCCUGCCUCUCCGAAGCCCCUCUCCCGCCCGAGGUGCUCCGGGAACGAGGAGCAGGUCUCCCUGAGGAGAGGAAGAGAAGCAGCCGACACCUCCGUGGUCUGGCCGUCCAGUGAAGCCGGGACAUCCAGCUGAAAAUGCGGCUCUAAAAUGCAAGCCCAGCAUAGCAGAAACCUGUGCGCUGCCCGCCCGUGGCCUCUCUGCCUGGGCCAUGAGGGCGCUGCGGGGGCAGCCUCUGCUCUGGGCACUGCUGCUGUGCCUGCCCUGGCCGGCGGGCGCGGCCGAGCAUGAGGAGGUGGCCCGGCACGCCAUCGAGUUGCACCGGGGCAAGGGCGCCGCCGCGGCUCCCCGCCGGCAGUGGCUGCUGGGCGGCUGCCGCAGGCUGUCCGGCCUCCUCCACCAGAAGAGCGUGGUGCUGGACAAGCUGAGAAACGCCGUCCGCGCGGUGGAGAGAGACCCCGGGCUGUCGGAGGCGGAGAGGCUGUUCCAGGUGCACACGUUCGAAAUCUUCCAGAAGGAGCUGAACGAAAGUGAGAACUCCGUGUUCCAGGCCGUCUACGGGCUGCAGCGCGCCCUGCAGGGGGACUACAAGGACGUGGUGAACAUGAAGGAGAGCAGCCGCCAGCGGCUGGAGGCCCUGCGCGAGGCCGCCAUAAAGGAAGAGACGGAGUACGUAGAACUUCUGGCUGCAGAAAAGCAUCAAGUGGAAGCCCUUAAGAACAUGCAGCAUCGCAACAAGAGCUUGUCCAUGCUGGACGAGAUCCUGGAGGACGUGAGGAGGGCGGCAGACCGCCUGGAGGAGGAGAUCGGCGAGCACGCCUUCGACGACAACAAGGCGGUCAAAGGGGUCAAUUUUGAGGCAGUUCUGAGGGUGGAGGACGAAGAGGCCAGCUCCAAGCAGAACAUGACGCGGCGCGACGCGCAGGGGGACUUGGGGCUCAGCAUGCUGAUCGACUCCCAGAACAACCAGUACGUGCUGACCAAGCCCAGAGACUCAACCAUGCCGCGGGCCGACCACCACCUGAUCAAGGACAUCGUCACCAUAGGAAUGCUGUCCCUGCCCUGUGGCUGGCUCUGCACAGCCAUCGGAUUGCCCACGAUGUUCGGUUACGUCAUCUGUGGGGUGUUGCUGGGACCUUCAGGACUGAACAGCAUUAAGUCUAUCGUACAAGUGGAGACUUUGGGAGAAUUUGGGGUGUUCUUCACUCUGUUCCUUGUUGGCCUGGAGUUUUCCCCAGAGAAGCUGAGGAAGGUGUGGAAGAUCUCCUUGCAAGGCCCGUGCUACAUGACACUGCUGAUGAUUGCCUUUGGCCUGCUGUGGGGACACUUUCUGCGGAUCGGGCCCACGCAGAGCGUCUUCAUUUCUGCUUGUCUGUCCUUGUCCAGCACACCCCUCGUGUCCAGGUUCCUCGUGGGCAGUGCUCGGGGUGAUAAAGAAG